AUGUCUACACUUACUCCAGGUGGUGUGUCUACACUUACUCCAGGUGGUGUGUCUACACUUACUCCAGGUGGUAUGUCUACACUUACUCCAGGUGGCGUGUCUAGACUUACUCCAGGUGACGUAUCUAGACUUACUCCAGAUGGCGUGUCUACACUUACUCCAGGUGGCGUGUCUACACUUACUCCAGGUGAUGUGUCUACACUUACUCCAGGUGAUGUGUCUACACUUACUCCAGGUGAUGUGUCUACACUUACUCCAGGUGGUAUGUCUACACUUACUCCAGGUGAUGUUUCUACACUUACUCCAGGUGGCAUGUCUACACUUACUCCAGGUGGCAUGUCUACACUUACUCCAGGUGGCGUUUCUAGACUUACUCCAGGUGACGUAUCUAGACUUACUCCAGGUGACGUAUCUAGACUUACUCCAGAUGACGUAUCUAGACUUACUCCAGGUGACGUAUCUAGACUUACUCCAGGUAGCGUGUCUAGACUUACUCCAGGUGACGUUUCUAGACUUGCUCCAGGUGGCGUGUCUAGACUUACUCCAGGUGGGGUGUCUACACUUACUCCAGGUGGCGUGUCUAGACUUACUCCAGGUGACGUAUCUAGACUUACUCCAGGUGACGUAUCUAGACUUACUCCAGGUGACGUGUCUAGACUUACUCCAGGUGACGUAUCUAGACUUACUCCUGGUGGGUUGUCUAGACUUACUCCUGGUGGCGUGUCUAGACUUAAUCCUGGUGGGGUGUCUAGACUUACUCCUGGUCUCGUGUCUAGACUUACUCCUGGUCUUGUGUCUACACUUACUCUAGGUGGCGUGUCUACACUUACUCCUGGUGGCGUGUCUACACUUACUCUAGGUGAUGUGUCUACACUUAUUCCAGGUGGCGUGUCUACACUUACUCCAGGUGAUGUGUCUACACUUAUUCUAGGUGACGUGUCUACACUUACUCCUGGUGGCGUGUCUACACUUACUCUAGGUGACGUGUCUACACUUAUUCUAGGUGACGUGUCUACACUUACUCUAGGUGACGUGUCUACACUUACUCUAGGUGGCGUGUCUACACUUACUCCUGGUGGCAUGUCUACACUUACUCCAGGUGGCGUGUCUACACUUACUCUAGGUGACGUGUCUACACUUACUCCUGGUGGGGUGUCUAGACUUACUCCAGGUGACGUGUCUACACUUACUCCUGUUUACUUUCGGAACGUCACCAGCAGAGAGAACCGGUAA